AAAUAGUCAUAAUGUAUUAGGGUUAAUCAGGUUUAUGCAUAGAGUGUGUAUAAUAAAUUACAACCAAGAGCUAUUAUACAGUUCUACACACUUCACCUGUCUGAGCGUCAAGCUGCCGGUGAUGAAAGGAAUCGAAAGGUCUUACGCGAUUGGUGCACUUGCUGUCACAUGGUAUAUGCAGCCAAUCGCAGUAGCUGUCUCAGACUACCCAGACUCCGUUUUAUUCAACGAGGUUAUUAUCGUUGAAGACCGUCGUCGAUGCUGGUCUUAGCCAGCGUCCUCAAGCAGUAAAGAACGCCUGCCAACGUGCAUUCAUCACUGCCAUUCCCCAUACCCGUGGGUACUCCUUACUGCAAUGAUGCCCCCAAUGCAGCGUCCUCGGAGCGACCGGAUGCGAAUCUUCGUCAACGAUGACCGGCACGUGAUGGCCAAGCACUCUGCCGUCUACCCCACGCAGGAGGAGCUGGAGGCCGUCCAGAACAUGGUGUCCCACACGGAGCGCGCCCUCAAGGCCGUGUCCGACUGGCUGGACGAGCAGGAGCGCGUGGCCGCCAAGCCCGGCGCGGGGGGAGACGCCGAUGGGGCCGACAAGGAGAGCGAGGCCAAGUCCCUGGAGCAGCCUACGCGGUCGCUGCGUGGCGUGAUGCGCGUGGGCCUGGUGGCCAAGGGGCUGCUGCUGAAGGGAGACCUGGACCUGGAGCUGGUGCUGCUCUGCAAGGACAAGCCCACCGUCUCCCUGCUCAAGAAGGUGGCCGACAACCUGAGGGUGCAGCUCAAGCUGAUCACAGAGGAGAAGUAUGAGGUGACGCCGUCAGUCCCCAAGGCCAACAUCGUCAUCACGAACUCCAAAGAGCCCCCUCUGACCCUCACCAUCCACCUGACUUCCCCGGUGGUGCGGGAGGAGGCGGAGAAGCAGACGCCAGGAGAAUCGCUAACAGUCAUCGAUCCCCCGGAUGUUCUGGACAGGCAGAAAUGCCUUACUGCCUUGGCGUCUCUUCGCCACGCCAAGUGGUUCCAGGCAAGGGCCAAUGGGCUGCGCUCCUGUGUCAUCGUCAUCCGUAUCCUAAGGGACCUGUGUUCUCGUCUCCCCACUUGGGCCCCUCUGCGUGGCUGGCCCUUAGAGCUGCUAUGUGAAAAGGCCAUUGGUACAGGCAACCGACCAAUGGGAGCAGGCGAAGCUCUGCGUAGGGUUCUGGAGUGCCUGGCCUUUGGCAUCCUAAUGGCAGAUGGCACCGGAGUCUGUGACCCAUGUGAGAAAGAGCUGACAGAUGCUAUUGGUCACAUGGACCGGCAGCAGCGGGAGGACAUCACGCAGAGUGCGCAGCAUGCCCUCCGACUCUCAGCGUUCGGACAGCUCCACAAAGUUCUGGGCAUGGAUCCCCUGCCCUCAAAAAUGCCCAAGAAACCCAAGCCUGAUGGCCCCAUUGACUACACAGUUCAAAUCCCGCCCAGCACAGCCUACGCCCCGCCCAUGAAGCGGCCUAUUGAGGAAGAGGAGACCAACGACGACAAGAGCCCCAACAAGAAGAAGAAGAAGCUGCAGAAGAAAUCUCCGGAGGAGAAGGCGGAGCCUCCCCAGGCCAUGAAUGCGCUGAUGCGGCUGAACCAGCUGAAGCCGGGCCUGCAGUACAAGCUCAUCUCCCAGACGGGGCCCGUGCACGUGCCUGUCUUCACCAUGUCUGUGGAGGUGGACGGCAAGACCUUCGAGGCCUCUGGGCCGUCCAAACGCACCGCCAAGCUGCAUGUAGCAGUCAAGGUCCUGCAGGACAUGGGCCUCCCGACAGGCGCCGAGCAGAAGGUGACUGAGGUCACGAUCAAGACCGAGGACGCGGCCGCCGGCGAGGACGACGCCAACAGAGCCGCAGCCACCAUGGCCGACACAGACACUGCCACCGCUGCGGCCAAGGCCGACGCCACGGACGCUGCCGAGAAUGCUAGGCAGCAGGGUCCCAUCCUCACCAAGCACGGCAAGAACCCCGUCAUGGAGCUGAACGAGAAGAGACGUGGCCUCAAGUACGAGCUCAUCUCUGAGACGGGCGGAAGCCACGACAAACGCUUUGUCAUGGAGGUGGAGAUAGAUGGCCAGAAGUUCCAGGGUUCAGGCUCCAAUAAGAAGGUGGCCAAGGCCUACGCUGCCCUGGCCGCCCUCGAGAGGCUCUUCCCCGAGGGCUCUGUGUCUGAAGCCAGCAAGAAGAAGAAGAUGCCACCCAUGCAUGGCCAAGGAUUCGGCAUAAUGGGCGGACAGGCAGCUGAUGGCACAGCCAAUCCCAGAGGCCGAGGUCGAGGCAGGGGGAGGGGCCGUGGCAGAGGCUUUAACAACGGAGGAGGCUACAAUCAAGGUGGUUAUGGUACUUACGGAUAUGGAAACAAUGCCAACUCUGGAUACAUAGACUACUACAACAACGGAGGAGCCAAUGGCGGUGGUGCAGCUUCAGGAGCUGAAGGCGCAGGAACCAAUCAGAGUGGUGGUAGUGGAGCAGGUGCCGGGAGCUACAGCUCCUACUACUCAUCAGACGGCAACUACACAGCCACUCCCCCACCUGCCUCCAAGUCCCCCGGCAAGAAGGGCACCAUGCACCAGGGAAGCAAGUCGACCGGGGCAGCGCAGCCCAACUACCAGGCCACCCCGCCUCCACCGGGACAGGGAGGCUACAGCUACGGACAACCACAGCAGCCGCAGCAGCAGCAACAACCGCAGCAGCAGCAGCAGCAAGGCUUUGGCCAGGGCAAGAAGAACUACAGCCCGGCUCCAGGGGGAGCGGCAGGGGGCUACUCCAACUAUAGUACUGCCUACCCCAGCCAGGUGACGGGGGGAACUGGAGCACCGCAGGAGUACUCUUAUGAGGGAUAUGGUAACCAGUCAAGCUACACUCAAGGACAGGGCGGCCAGACUUAUGGUGCUAACACGGCUCCUUAUCACAACCCGGUGGGCUACGGCAGAGGAGACCCCAACAUGAACUACCAGUAUAGAUAAACUGACUCUCUGCUCUACGCCCCCAGCUUAACGUGCCCCCACUUCUUUAGUUCUCGUUCAUCUCUAACACACCCCUCCGUGGCAAACGUAGCAGCCUCCUCUUGAUGCCCCACGCUCAUAUAAUACAUCAUGGUGGAGCUCAGAUCGUUUACCCAAAGGGUCAUGAACUAAAUAGAGAAGUCUCUGGAAGGUGAAAAUUGUAAUGUCUUUCUGUGUUGAAACUCUUGCGUUUUUAUGAUUCUUUUGUUUUUAUUAUUUUUUAAAGUCUGUGCAGUGCAAGCCUGUGAACUGCCCAUCUGAAAAGUGAACACCACUUUACCCACAUGCAUGUUGUGUGACCUGUUUGUAAUGUGAAACUUUGCUGAUAAUGUCUGACUGUCAGUAACCUGUUGAAUGGGCCAAACCUUACAAUCUUCCCAUGGUGUUUGUACCCACUCUCACACUGUUUUAUUGCAACAUAUUUCCAUGUUUUUUUCCCCCUUUUAUCUUUUUUUUUUUAGGUUGGGACUUUUUUUACCCUAUUGUGAGCCUUGGCUCAUUGAGAUUAUUUAAUCUGCACGUUUAUCAGUUUCUUGAUGUUAUUAGCACAUUUUAUUUCUUUCCUUUCUCAAGUAAAUCAUUUCAACAAUAGUUGUGAAAGCUGACAGUUUGAUUUUCAGGUCCAUAGUAGCAUUCGGUGUGUUUGGGAGGGAUGUUUUCUCAAAUAUUGAAUGUGAAUUUAUAUAAAAUAAAAUUUUAUUUUGAUGGA